AUGAGGCUGCAAGGCCUUGGCGAGGCUGAGUUCGCCACCUUUGGCAAGGACUGCUUCUUCCGGGGCCAGCGAUGGGCAGUGCGGGUGGCGGAAGGCUCGCUGCUGCGCGCCGAACGCAUGGUCCAGCCAGUUUCUCUGCCGGACGACGACACGUGGCAAGUCCCGCCAGUGUUGCUCCCGGAAGAGGAUGCAGGUUUAGGGAAUGCUGCCGCUGGUGCCGCGUGGGCUGGCGACGUGCGGCCGGAUUGCAGCUAUCGGCUGUCCCUGCGCGGCUUUAAUUACGAGUACUCAUUCCAGUUGCAGACGGUCACGUAUGCCAAAAGCAAUGCGCUUUGUCCUUACCUCACCAUCGAGUUUAAGCGCGACGGCGAGCCCAAACAUGUUGCUAUCGCCCAGGUCGCGGCCGCCGGCGCCAUCGCGCUCUAUAAUCGAUUCCGCCUCUACCGCUCUGCAGUGGUUUCCCAAAACGAUCAGUGGGUACCAGUGCCUGUUGAUGACUUGCGCCACUACGGAAUCACCUUUGUGGGUAGUCAGUACAUCGUCUGGGCUCUGCGCGUGCGUGUCGACGCCUCUGCGGAGUGCGACGGUUGCGUUAUGGAGCGGCUCGUGACGGCGGACUGCUCUCAGCACUGA